AUGAAGUUUUCGACGAAUGAGCGUGCGCGAGCGACCGCCCUUCGUCCGUUCGUCCGAGCCAUUAGCAUUUGGCGUGGCGUUGUUUUUCAUCACGCGCCUGGCCUACAUUCGUCCACUUUGGUUGUCGUGUGCCAGCAGAGGUCGCUAGUGAUGGCUGACGACGACGAGGCUGCUUUGCAGCGGCCUUUUGUGUCACUUGACGUACUGAGGUGA